CUGCAGCUGCAGGCAGACACACCAAAAAGGUAAAGGUAAAGGGCGAAAAGGAACAACAAAAAGGGACACCGCACAAAAAUAGAUGAAAAUGUAUAAAACAGAGUGCCGGCUGUUGCAGUGCCGUCAUUCGAUCACAAAUAUUCCAAGUUAUCACAUCGCACAGAAAGAGAGGCGGUAAAGAAAGUAAAACAAGAAAUUUGCAAGAAGAAUAAAAGAGUGACAAUUGAAAUUGUGAUUGUGAUUAGGAUUGUAAAUCACUAUCAAGAUUACACUUGAGAAAAAAAAACUAAAAAAAAGAGAAAAGAAACUAUGGCCGCAAAGAGCUGUCUAAAGAUCCUGUUCCAGGGAGAGACGAGCUUCAUCAUUUGUGAAUCCUUCCACACUUACGAGGAGAUCAUCUCUCAAGCCAUGUCAAAUUUUGGGAUACCGGAGAAUCAUAGGGAUGCCCUGACCCUCAGCAAUGGCCAGGGUUAUGUGUUUGAGGCCCAGCUCCUGGAAUACUUCCUCCUUCUGUUCCCCACCCCGGAGAUCACCUUCCACCUGAGACUCGACUGGCAGCAGCUGCGGAGAGGGAUCAGCCAGAUCCGGUCCCAGAAACGUAAGCGUCCCGUGGAACGUGUGGAUGAUGGCCAAAAGGUGCCCAUGGAGAGGGAGAAACCAAAUGAGGAGCAAGUCCAAGUGCAGGACUACAAACCGGUUGCAGUGUAUCGUCAGAACUGUUUCCUGGGAUCAUUGCCCGGCAAUGGAGCAGCUCCUGUGCGUCGCCAGAACGGCUUCCUAAGGGAGCAGAAGCAACAUCGCCAGCAGCAGCAACCUAAACCCAGGCCGCAGCCAGAAGGAGCGGAGGAGCUGGCCCAAACUCAGGAACCGCAGGUGAAGCGCCUUCGCCUGGAUGUGUGCCCCAAGUCCAGGAGGACUGCAUCCACAUCAGGGGCUCAUCAUUCCGUUCCCAUAAUGAGACCCAUACGCAUUUGAGGCGCAUUAAAGUAUUUGUAAAUAUAUAACUAUAAUCCGUAUACGAUAUAUAGACCGUAACGUAAGCUCAAAGGUUGAACCGCUGUUCCUUAGAUUUAACAUUAGAUUUAGAACCAAAUCAACGUCCAAAAAAUUA